AUGGCGACCCCUGGAAUGCUCUACGUUACUAUGCAGCCGAAGCCUACCCUGGCUGAGGAGCAAUUCCACGAGUGGUACAACAACGAGCACGGCCCGACUCGCCUGCGUAUUCCCCAAAUCUUCACCAACGGCUUGCGGUACCGCGCCAACGACGGCAAGGAGCCAACCUACCUCGCGAGCUACGACGUGACCGACAUGUCUCACUUGGAGACACCUACAUACACCACGCUCAGAGCAAACAGAUCUUCGCGCGAGGCUGAGACCAUUGGCCAGGUCGCUGUCACCAGAUACUUCUUCGACCUGGUUAUCGAGCGCAAGGCCCCCUCUUUCCGCCCCAUUGAAGAGCUUUCCGAUAAGGAGGCUGAGGGUCUCGAGCUGGUCGCUAUCGAGACAAACCUCAACGACGAGGCUGCCGAGGAAGAGUUCAAGAAGUGGUACGAGGAGGAGCACAUCGACAUGUUGUCAAAGGUCCCCGGGUGGCUGAGGACGAGAGUCUUCAAGAUCUCCACCCUUGGCGACGGUGCCGGUGCCAAGUCCACUUUCUUCGUACUCCACGACUACGCCCGCGAGAAUGGACUCGGCGGCCCCGAGCACAAGGCCUCCACCGCUACGAAACGCGCCGGCGAGAUUGUCAAAUACGUCAAGGGCAUGAACCGCCGUACCUACUCACUCUUUUACGUUUUCGGCCCCGCGCCCCGCGAUCUGAACAACCUCAAGAAGCAAUCAGACUCGGUGGCCGUCUGGGCGGCACCUGAUGGCAAGACCAACACCGUCCCCGGCAAGGACGGAUCUAUCAGCUCUUACAUCACCGCGGAGGAUAGCCUUGCUAUCCCCUACAGACUCGAGGGCAACCCCGCGGACGAUGCUCCUACUGUUGCUUUCUGCAACUCCUUGUUGACGUCGCUGCACAUGUGGGAUCCUGUCGUCGAGAUUUUGAAAGAGAAGCGUCCGGACCUGCGUAUCCUGCGUUAUGACAGCCGUGGAAGGCACUCCAUCCCCAGCCCGCCCGUGCCGGCAACGCUGGAUCUGCUUGCAUCCGACCUUCGCACAGUCCUCGAUGCUCUGCGUAUUCCCAAGCUGCACGCCCUCAUUGGUGUAUCAAUGGGAGGUGCGACCACGACGAACUUUUCCCUCAAGUAUCCCGAGCGUCUGGAGAAGUUCAUCGCUUGUGAUUUCAACGCCACAUCAAGCGCUGCCAACACCCAGGCGUGGAAGGAUCGCAUUGCCGUAGCGGAGGAGGAUAGUGGAGCUGGCAUCGCCAAGCUGGCGCAGCAAACGGUGGGCCGUUGGUUCCAUCCUGCGACGAUGGAAAAGGAGAGUGUUGUUAAGGCCAUGACUGACAUGGUAGCCGCCAACGACGUGGCCGGAUUCAGGUACAGCUGUCAGGCGCUGUGGAAUUACGACCUCAAGCCAGCCCUCGGUUCUUGCAAAGUUCCCGGACUGUUGGUCGUCGGUGAUGGCGAUGCCAAGGGCGCACUCGUGAAGGCGAUGGACGGAUUUAAGGGCACGAUCGGUGAGAAGGGCGCAGAGUUGAAGAUUGUGCCGAAUGCUGGUCACCUUCCCAUGUGGGAGAGCCCUGCCGCAUUCUGGGAGGCUAUCCAGGGAUUCCUUUAG